CGAAAACCGAAAGGCUUCAGAGUCACCGAUUUUGUGCCCUUGCAACCAUUGUCCCUUAUAAUUCACCGGAGUGAAGGUACCGAAGGCUGCGCGAUUAUACUCCUGUGCCUGGGAAAAUCGAUUGAGCAGAAUCGCGAAAGAAGGCGCGUGUAGCGGUGUGCGCGACUAGCGGUGCAGGGACGGUCGAGUCACAAGAGGCCUUUUUUUCGAGUAAUUUUCUACAGAGAAGCGAUUCAAGAUGUCGGCAGCGCUCCCGGGGAACAGGGCACUCCCCGCCUCGCAAUAUGAUCUCGCCACCUACUGGGGCCGCGUGAAGCACGCCGCUGAGAUUUCAGAUCCUAGGAUGCUGUUGAUAUCGAAGAAGGGAUUGGAAGACUCGAAGGAGUUGAUUGCGAGUUACAAAUUGGGCAAGAUUGCGCAGAUGUCCCCGGAGCUAUGGCAUGCGAAGAAAGUGGUGGACGCGACUAUACAUCCUGAUACGGGUGAAGCAGUAAUGCUACCCUUCCGCAUGUCCUCCUUCGUCCUCUCCAACUUGAUCGUCACAGCCGGCAUGCUAACCCCCGGCCUCGGUACGACCGGCACACUCCUCUGGCAAAUAACCAACCAAUCCCUCAACGUCGCCAUCAACAACGCCAACGCCAACAAAUCCACCCCCCUCUCCACCUCCAAGAUCGUGCAAUCCUACCUCCUCGCCGUCGGCGCCUCCUGCUCCGUCGCCCUGGGUCUGAAUGCUCUCGUUCCCCGCCUAAAACGCGUUUCUCCAGGCACCAAAAUGGUCCUGGGACGUCUUGUGCCUUUCGCUGCUGUUGCGAGCGCGGGAGCGCUGAAUGUGUUCCUCAUGCGAGGUGAGGAAAUCAGGAUGGGCAUCGACGUCUACCCCGCCCUAUCCGCUGAGGACAAAGCCGCCGGGAAAUCCGAGUCCGACGUCCCCUCUCUCGGAAAAAGCAGGAAAGCCGCAACGAUAGCAGUCAGCGAGACAGCGUUAUCUCGCGUGCUCAACAGCUCACCCGUGAUGGUUAUACCGGCCCUGGCACUGGUGAGAUUGCAGAAGAUGAAUUGGUUGAAGAAUAGCCCGCGCUUGGUGUUGCCGGUGAAUCUGGGCUUGAUUCUGACGACGAGUUUGGCGGCGUUGCCGUUUGCGUUGGGGGCGUUUCCGCAGAGGGAGAUGGUGAGGGAUGGGACGUUGGAGGAGGAGUUUCAUGGGAGGGGGGGUGCGGGGGGGAUGGUGGUGUUUAAUCGGGGGAUUUAG